AUGAGAAGAGUAGAGAAGUUGAGAGGACUGUGUAAUUCGAAGUCACUCACUCAGAUUGGAUGGAUUUCAAAGCAGUUCCGCGCGGAGACACAUCGAGUAGCAGUGGCAGGAGAGGGUGCAGUGAAACGGAACGAAAGCGUUUCGCUCUUCCUGCAGACAUUACUGCUCGUUUCAUGCACCACAAAACUUCAUUUCCUGACCAGCAAAUUGCCGGAUGGCUGGAAGGAAGGAAGGAAGGAAGGAUGGAUGGAUGGAUGGAUGGAUGGAUUUACUUUCCGAAAUAGGAAGAAGCCAUUAGGAAAUAAUUCAUCCAUUGCACAACCUGAACUGUCCGAUUUUUACAACCGAGCUAAUCGAUUCACUAUGUCUACAUCUUCUGAAGGUGUAGCUUAUCGCAAGCGGAUGAAGACCUCAAAUCAAUUCUUCGUCUCGUACGUCGCAAAUGCAUCGCAAAUGUAG